AGUAUCAAUAGACUGGGAAAUGCGAAUAGGUCUUUUUGAUCGCCGGCCGGUGUGUGCGGAUGGGAGUGAUAGUGAAUGUCACGUGAAAAUUGUUGUUGAUAUGGCUCAUCAUGGUUGGAAUGGAAGGAAGGAUGUUCAUCUGUCCAAGACACUGACCUACGUGUUGAGACACAAGGCUGUUGAGCUUGGAUUCAACAUUAACUCAGGUGGUUACGUCAAUGUAGAUGAUCUCCUUUCACAUUCUUUGUUUCGUCAAUACACACUGGAUGACAUCAAGGAAGCGGUUGCUAAUAGCGACAAACAACGCUUCACAUUAAGGAAAUGCCCCUCCUCAGAACAAUUUCAAAUAUGUGCCAAUCAAGGGCAUUCUUUUGUGUUGCCAGACUUGGAGCUGACACCUAUCACAGAUGUAUCUCAAUAUCCAACGGUGGUUCACGGCACGUACCUCAAGUUUUGGGAUUCAAUAAAAACCCAGGGCUUAAGUCGAAUGAAUCGAACGCAUGUUCAUUUUGCUCAGGGUGAACCAGGAGAAAGUAAUGUGAUUAGUGGGAUGAGGCGCUCCUGUGAAGUGAUGAUCUUCUUGAAUCUCGAAAAAGCGUUAAGUGCUGGGCUCUCAUUUCAAGUAUCAAAAAAUGGAGUGAUUUUGAGUUCAGGCGAUGCGAAUGGUCUUAUACAUCCACAGUACUUCAAGCAAGUCAUCAAAACGCGCCCACGUAAGUUGAACAUUUCUGUCAACAACUCAAUUUAUUUUGGCAAGGUAUUUUGAAGAUUUCACUGUUUAUGGUUUGUCUCAAAGUUCAUGACCUUUUGAAAUGAAAUUUGUGCAGGUUAGGUUAAUUGUAUUUACAUGCAUCUACAUUAUGAUCAAAACAAUCAAACAAGUACAGGUUUGACACAUUGCAUUUUUGUAUUUUUUAUUUCAGGUUGUUUGAUAUUUAGCGAUGGAAAAGCUGUUUGACUCUUUCUAGUAGAAAGAAAUCAAAACUUUUCUAUGGAAUUCUCAGGUCUAACGGGAUGCAGCUGUAUUUGUAACAUCAGAUAACUAUUCAUAAUUCAUCACCAAGAGUGGCAGAAAUGCACUUUCUUGGAAUGCUCAAACGGUGUAAAAAAUUGAGAAUAAUAUCUGCAUAAUAUGUCAACUUUUAGACUUUGCAUACAACACUGAACAGCUCAUGGUUUAGGUAGGGUAAAAGGUGUUUUUUGUGAACAUAGACACAAUAAAGUCACAUACGAAAGUUCAAGCUGAAUAAAAGAGUCUACUUGUCAAGUAGAUAGCAAUGGUUUCUCAGAAUAAAUGUCUUUGGAUGAAAAAUUAUCCGAAUCACAUUACUACAAAGGGAAUACUUUCUCAAAAUAGUUUAUACCAUCAUAGUUUAUACCAAAAUAGUUUACACAGCUGCAGUGCUUGUCACCAAGUUAGUUUUUAAGGCCAUUAAUUCUUUGAGUUUGAUAAAACACAACAGUCUGACGCGCUUACAUGAUUGAAAUACAUGUACAUGGAGAUGAGAUGAAUGAUAACAUCCUCCAAAAUUUACUUACCGCCCAUUUACAAGUGUUUUAAAACUAAAAACAUUUGGGCUGACUUUCACAGAGCUGCUUAAGCAGGACACCAGUCACCAGUCUGCCAUGUAGGUUGGCUGGUAACCUUAGUCUGGUUAGCAUAAUUUUGUUGUGCUUAGCAUCUUUUUAAAUCACUAUUAGACCAGGAGUAUUUAAAGGCACUGGGCACCUUUGGUAAUUGUCAAAGAUCAGUCUUCUCACUUGGAAUAUCUCAACAU